AUGCUCAUCACUCCAACUACAUACCUAAUCCUCGCCCUGCUCUUCCUCAACCACGCCCUCAGCGCCCCUUAUCCACUACCAAACUCAACAUCAACCAUCCCACCCACCACCAGCUCAACGUGCAACGAAUCGAUCGGCUCCUGCAAUACCACCACCCCCGCCAACACCACUCUCACAGCCCACACCCCCCUGACCAAUGGCACGCACCAAAACAUCUGCCAGGAAGUCUACCCCUCCGACCUCACGGUCCUCAACUCCCGCUACCCUGACCACAACUCUACCCACCUCCACCACACCACGCAACUCUUCAUGCUACGCCGCCAACUCGCCAACGACGGCGAAAUCGCCACACGCGUCCAGUUCAACGACCUCCCACCCGCUACCUCAAACCAGUCAUGUCGUCUGGAAUUCAUCCUCCCGAGGCCAUCCCUCCAGCGCAUCUCAGGUCUAAACCCCAGCUUCAACGUCUACACGGUCGAGCGCGCGCCCGGCGCGCCAGCCUCGUGGAAUACAUAUCAAGGCAAUGCUGGCGGUGGCGAGGACGCAACGCUGUUCGGCACUGUGAAUGGCGAGGAGGAGGCUUUGGCCCGGACGAGACGUGUAGGCGGUGUUGCGGCGGUGAAUGAGACGUUGUGUAGGGAGACGUUGACGUUCCAGAUGGGUAUGAAGUAUAAUGGCAAGGGGGUGCCGAAUUACUGGGAGUUUUCGAAUGUUGGACUGCCUGCUUGGCCUGUGCAGGGGUUUCGCGUUGUGCAUGGGUGUUGA